AUGAACUUGGCAAGAGCUGGGCGCCUUUGCUCCACUCCGCAGCCCAGUCCCCUAAGCUCCAACCGGGAUGAGGCUGAGAUCGACGUGCUGGCAGAGGAGGACGAUGGAGACCAGACGGAGGAUGAGGAAGAGAAGGUGGAGAUAAGCCAGAUGUGCCUGGAGCCACAGUUGCCGGGAUCCGGGGCCCGCUCGCUUCCCCGGAGGAGCACGGGGGACCGCGGCGACCUGAGCAACUCCUCCGGGAUCGUCCGCAAGUUCCGAGCGCCGCGGACAGCCGCGACCGCCGCCACUGACGGUCCGCAGCCCGCCAAGCCCCCGUACUCCUACAUUGCGCUCAUCACCAUGGCCAUCCUGCAGAGCCCGCACAAGCGCCUGACACUCAGUGGCAUCUGCGCCUUCAUCAGCGGUCGCUUUCCCUAUUACCGCCGCAAGUUCCCCGCCUGGCAGAAUAGCAUCCGCCACAACCUGUCGCUCAACGACUGCUUCGUCAAGAUCCCCCGCGAGCCGGGCCACCCGGGCAAGGGCAACUACUGGAGCCUGGACCCCGCCUCCCAGGACAUGUUUGACAAUGGUAGCUUCCUCCGGCGCAGGAAGCGCUUCAAGCGCCACCACCCGCCCCCGGGAGGCCACCCGCACUGUCCCUUUACUCCACCCGCUGUGCCCGCAACCCUGCAUGUCUCCCACCCAAGCCUCCUGCUCCGCUACUCUGCCCCGCCGCAACCCGGCCUCGGAACCCGUCCCACCGCCUCGCCUGGGAGCCGCCCCGGCAUGCCGCUGCACCCGCAUCCUCUCCGCUACCUGCUACUCUCCACCCCCGCCUAUGCCGAAGCGCCUAGAAAAGCCGUAGAUGCGGACCCGGCCGCACCCCGUGCCAUCCCCGCACUGUCACCUGCACUGGGUUCCCAGCCUUGGAGCGGGGACGAGGACGCGAGAUCUCGGCCCGGACGAGGGUGUACCUCGUUCACCAUCGAGAGCAUCAUGCAGGGGGUCAGAGGAGGAGGAACUGGGGCUGUGCAGAGUCCGCCCUCGGUUCCGUGGAGCUACUGCCACCUGCUGCAGCACCCAGCGUGCCUGCUGCACCCCCAAGCCGUUUCCCCUUUGCUGCAAGUGUCCGCCGCCGCCCGGACAAUGUUGCAGCCGCAGCCUCAGCAGGAGCAGCAGCAGCAGCAGCAGCAGCACUGUUCCAGGAGCUGCGCUCCAGGUAAAGGCGCGAGGCUGGGCCGGCACCUGUCGGCCGUUGCUGCGCUGCUGAAGCAUCAACCUGCCGCCGAGGACUGCAGACUGACACCUCUGGCCGCUCUUUCGGGCAGAGAGGGGACCUUGCCUGCAUUUUAA